AUGUCUUCCGUGGCUGCCGAGUACAAGUUUGAGGGAUGGCAGGCUCUCGAUGCCUCCGCCGCCGAAGGUAACAUGGUAUGGCAGGAGUUCCAGCCGAAGACGUGGGAGGAAGACGACGUCGAUAUCAAGAUCACCCACUCCGGUAUCUGCGGAAGUGACAUUCACACACUGAGAAGCGGUUGGGGCGCGACCGCUUAUCCGUGCACAGUAGGCCACGAGAUCGUUGGCACUGCCGUUAGAGUAGGCCCCAAGGCCAAGAAUGGCAUCAAGGUUGGCGACCGCGUUGGUGUCGGUGCCCAAGCAGACUCUUGCCUGGGCCGUGAUGGACACUGCGACGACUGUGCUGCUGAGGAAGAGAACUACUGCUCCGGAUGGGUUCCCACGUAUAAUGCGAAGCACUUCAACGGUGAUGCGACACAAGGUGGAUACGCCACCUACCACCGCACCAAGUCUCAUUUUGUCGUCAAGAUCCCUGAGGGAGUUGAUUCGGCCGAGGCUGCGCCCAUGUUGUGCGGUGGUGUCACCGUGUUCCAUCCCCUGAAGAGCUAUAAUACCGGACCUGGAAUGCGCGUCGGUAUCGUUGGUGUGGGAGGUCUGGGCCACUACGGCGUCAUCUUCGCCAAGGCCAUGGGUGCCGAGGUUGUUGGUAUCUCGCGGAAGGUAUCGAAGCGCGAGGAGGUUCUUUCGCUCGGUGCCGAUGACUACAUCGCUACUGAUGACGACAAGGACUGGGUCGCCAAGAACCACCGCAGCCUCGAUCUUAUUAUCUCCACCGUUGCCUCAUCCAAAGUGCCGAUCAAUGAUUACUUCAAGCUUCUUAAGAAGCAGGCAAGCUUCGUCCAGGUCGGUAUACCGGAGGAUGGAGCAUUUCCCAUCGCGGGUCCCUCCGUUGUGUUCGGACGCAACAAGUUCACCGGAUCUUUGAUAGGAUCUCCUAACGAUCUUCGAGACAUGUUGGAGCUGGUUGCAAAGAAGAGCCUCAAGGGCAUGGUGCAACAGCGAUCUAUGAAGGAUGCCAACCAGGCUGUCCAAGAUCUCGAGGCUGGAAAAGCCCGAUAUAGAUAUGUGCUGGUCAACGAAACGUAA